CGCCUGGCACCAUGCCUCUUUCAAACUUGGCCGAGAUGCAUCGCUUGUGGGGGCGACGUGUGUGUUUCAUCAACAGGGUUGCGUCGACUCCUGAAACAAAACGCAUCUUCUACCGCUUCUCAGUCUUCUUCGUCUUUGUCGCAUCCAUCACGACUUUGGCUGUCUUUCCUACGACAACCACAUCCAAGUCCAAGAGGCGGACCGUCCUUCGUUUAUCGUCUGCUCUCGUUGACUUUGUAACUUUGAACCCUUUUUCUUGUUGUCCUACCGUUGCCUCUCCUUUCCCCGCCCACCAUCAGCUACGCGCGCGAACCGUUUCAUUCUCGCCAGCAAACGUUCUUCUCUUGCGCUGCCACGUCCUUACCAAGACCUCCGAUCCCUUUCACGAGCCACCAGCGCCAGAUCCCCUACAAGCCUGCUGCCGUCCGACACGUCGCCAGGAGCCAUCGUCCACUGUCUUUUCCAUCGACGCCGAUCCACCUUACUCGCCUCGAAACAAAGCGGUAUUCUUUGAACUCGCAUCGCCUCUUCACAUGCCAUACAGCUCGCUCGGCUCGCCAUCUUCGCAGAAAAUGGAAGCCAGUCGCCGUGAUAUGUACAGUGGCCGCAAACCGAGAUUCAGCUGUGGUCAGAUCAUCGGCGACCCAUUCGCCCUUGCGACUUCUUCGAUAGCAAUCAUCCAUGGCCAAUAUCCCAACUAUUCGUGGUGGGCUCUUGUCUACAUGUUCUUCUGCAUCAUUGGAGUCCUAGUCACAGUCGCUUCUGACUCGGUCUUUACCUACCAUGUCGCUGUAAGCAAAGCCCUUUGUUGCACUCUUGCAACUUCUCUUACUUACUCAAUCGUAGNNAUUGUCGGCUUCCUAGCUGCUGGUCUCGUCUUUACAACAUCCUCGGUCAACUCCUUGGUCUACUCGUCCGACGGCGCACAUGAAGCAGCUGCCGCCGGCUUCAUCCUUCUCUCAAUGGUCGCCGAAGAAAGUACUGACACGACUGUCGCAGNNAUUGUCUGGAUUUUCUACUAUGGUUCUCAACCCACUGCGUCCAGUCGCAACGUGAUCGAUUCCUUUGCCCUCCAUAGAGACAGUCGCGUGCCAUCGCGCAUCUCUCGCCAGCCUCAGCACAACAGCUACCGCCCCGAGACCUCGGUCUCGCAGCAACCACAAAUGUAUACAUCAGCCCAGCUCAGUGGCUUCGAGACAUCAUCGCCCGUCACUGGCUUCCCCGGAGGAGCUUUGGGAGCAAUGGACAGUAACCGUGACAGCGGUGCUCGCUAUGGCCAGUCAAACACCUUGGCCCCUCUAUCAGCAGCAACAGACCGACCCAACUCCACCGCCGCAGCUCCAGCGGAAUACCCAUACCGCGCAAAGGCCAUUUACAGCUACGAGGCCAACCCCGACGAUGCCAACGAAAUCAGCUUCUCGAAACACGAAGUCUUGGAGAUUAGCGAUGUUAGCGGAAGAUGGUGGCAGGCCAAGAAAGAGAACGGCGACACCGGCAUCGCACCAAGCAACUACCUCAUCUUGUUG